AUGGUCGAGUCAACACACCUGUACGACAUCCUCGGUGUGGCGCCGGACGCCUCGCCAUCCGACAUCAAGAAGGCGUACCGCAAACAGUCGCUCGCCAAUCAUCCGGACAAGAACCCAGAAAUCGACCCGGCAGUAGCCAACGAAAAGUUCGCCGAGAUCAACCACGCAUAUGAGACUCUGUCUGAUCCAGACUCGCGAGCUGCAUAUGAUCGAUACGGCGAUGAUGGUCCUGCUGGACCAGGUGGCGCUGGGGGCAUGCCUCCUGACAUGGACGACUUCCUGGCCAGCAUGUUCGGCGGCGGCAUGGGAGGCAUGGGGGGCAUGGGAGGCAUGGGAGGGAUGCCUCGUGGUCGACGUCCUCGUCGUACAAAGGGCGAAGAUGCGGUAAUCGAAUACUCUGUCACCUUGGCCGACCUUUACAAGGGCAAGACAGCGCAUUUCAACCUGACCAAAAAUGUCAUCUGCACCCAAUGCCAGGGAUCCGGUGCCAAACCUGGUCUCGCCGAAAAGGAAUGCGUCAAGUGUUCGGGCAAAGGCUCGGUGCUCCAACAACGCAGCAUGGGUAACGGCAUGAUCGCGCAAUCGUACGCCGAGUGCACCGACUGCCACGGCGAGGGCAAAAAAGUGCGCGACAAGGAUCGCUGCAAGAAGUGCAAGGGCGAGAAGACGACCAAAGCAAAAGCAAAGCUCGACGUCGAGAUCGAAAAGGGCAUGAUUGAUGGCCAGCGAAUCGUCUUCAAGGAAGCAGCAGACCAAGAACCAGGCGUCAAAGCAGGCGACAUCCUCAUCGAACUCAAGAUGCAGCAGGACGAUGCUUUCGAGGUCAAGGGUGUCGAUCUUAUGACGACGGUCCGAUUGACGCUGGUCGAAGCAUUGCUUGGAUUCUCACGGACAGUCUUGACACAUCUGGACGGCAGACACAUCAAAGUGACGCGCUCCAAGAUCACCCGACCCGGAGACAUUGACGUGGUCAAGGGCGAGGGUAUGCCGCAGUAUCGUGAUCGCAACCAGACCAAGGGCGAUCUCUACAUCCGAUGGGAGGUCGACUUCCCCACCGACGCACAGCUCGCUUCGGAUCCGGCUAUCCGCCAAGCGCUUCAAUCUGCACUACCGCCUCCGAGGCCGGAUCUGGAGACAACAUCAGACACGAUCGAGGACCAGGUGGAGCCGUCUCCUGCCAAGAUCGAACAGUUCGGCAGCAACCGCGCUCGCAUCCCUGGUCAAGGACAAACAGACGAUGAUGGCUGGGAGGACUACGAUGAAGCUGGUGGACAGGGACCGGGCAUGCAAUGUGCUCCGCAAUAG